AUGGAGUUUGAUGAUCAAAGUGAGAGAAUAGGGUUUGCAGACAAAGGUUCAAUCCCUCGUUCGUAUGGUUACUUCAAUAAUAGCGGCGUAGCUGCUUUAGAUCUCUCUUACAAUAAUCUCUCGGGGAAACUCCCAAUUUCAUUGGCGAAUUUAGAUAUUUACCUAGUUGAAUUGGCUUAUAAUAAGUUAGAAGGUGAUGCUUCUAUGCUUUUUGGUUCCAAUAAAAAGACAUUGGUAAUAGACAUUUCGGGAAACAAUUUUGAGUUUGAUUUUGGAAAAAUUGAGUUGUCUAAAACAAUAACAACAUUGGAUGUGAGUCAUAAUAAGAUCUAUGGUAAUUUUCCUAUGGGAAUGGAAAAUGUAACAUUCUUGAAUGUGAGUUACAAUAGAUUGUGUGGUGAGAUUCCAAAGGCCGUGCCAGUGUUUCUUUCCGAAAUUGCUCCUUCAAGAAUACGUGGAGCAUUGAAUAUACUUUUCCAACUUAAUGUCACUAUUGGCAUUUUGUUUGCUAACCUUGUCAACUAUGGAACCAACAAAAUCAAAGGUGGAUGGGGUUGGAGGCUAUCUCUAGGGUUGGCUGGUAUCCCAGCACUUCUCCUAACACUUGGUGCCAUCUUGGUUGUGGACACUCCCAACAGUCUCAUAGAACGUGGUCGUACGGAAGAAGGAAAAGCGGUACUCAAAAAGAUCCGUGGCAUCGAUAAUGUUGAACCAGAGUUCUUGGAGCUUGUUGAGGCAAGUCGUAUAGCUAAAGAGGUUAAACACCCCUUUAGAAAUCUUCUUAAACGCAAAAACCGUCCUCAACUUGUCAUUUCGGUCGCCUUGCAAAUAUUCCAGCAAUUCACAGGCAUCAAUGCGAUCAUGUUUUAUGCGCCGGUGUUAUUCAACACAUUGGGAUUCAAGAAUGAUGCCUCCCUUUAUUCCGCUGUGAUAACCGGUGCUGUGAAUGUGCUCUCCACAAUUGUAUCUAUCUACUCAGUGGACAAAGUUGGACGCCGUAUGUUGCUGUUGGAAGCCGGUGUACAAAUGUUCUUGUCUCAAGUCGUGAUAGCUAUCAUUUUGGGGAUCAAGGUCACAGAUCAUUCGGAUAACCUUUCGAAAGGUUAUGCAAUAUUCGUAGUUAUCAUGGUUUGCAUUUAUGUUUCUGCUUUUGCUUGGUCUAUAGGUCCUCUUGGAUGGCUUAUUCCAAGUGAGACAUUUCCAUUGGAGACCCGUUCAGCCGGACAAAGUGUCACUGUUUGUGUCAAUUUGCUCUUCACCUUUGUUAUUGCACAAGCUUUUCUAUCCAUGUUAUGUCAUUUCAAGUUUGGCAUCUUCUUGUUCUUCUCUGGUUGGGUUUUCAUGAUGUCAAUCUUUGUGUUUUUCUUGGUGCCCGAGAUGAAGAACAUACCAAUUGAAGAGAUGAUUGAAAGAGUAUGGAAGCAACAUUGGUUUUGGAAGAGGUUUAUUGAAGAUGAUCAUGACAAUGAGAAAAUAGAAAAUGCUGAUAAUUGUAACUUUUUGUUUUAAUUUGUGCAAUUUUGGUCCUGCCCGUCUAAAUUGAAGCACAAUUUAAACUGCGUCGGUCUAUUACCGCGUUAGCUCCCCUCCAAUUUUUUUAUUUUAAUUAAAUAAUAAAAGAUAAAAAAGGAGGUGGGGGGGGGGGGGCGAGCGGCAGCGGCUCCAAGCGAUGACGGCGAGAGGUGCUUGAGUGGAAGAAGCUGAGGAGGAACUGGGUGUUGACAGUUAAGCUUCAGUUGUCAACAAGUAUAAAAGAAAGAACUCAAAAAGAUACUGCGAAUUAAUUUGACAAA